AUGGAAGAUCUCCCGACAGCUUUCCAGCGCUUGAGACUCGAGGCGACUACGAAGAAGUUCCCCUUCCUGAAGUUGCCGGCCGAGCUUCGUUACAACAUCUACGACGAAGCACUGGUCCACGAUCGAGCCCCAGGUCGUACGGUCAACCUCGCUCUCCUUCAAGUCUCGAAGCAGGUCAACAAUGAGGCCAAGGGCAUCUUCCAGAGCCAUAGCGCACUACGUCUCACCUAUCACGCGGAUUACAAGCCCAAGCAGAUGGAGAAAUGUCUCCAGCAUCCUAUCAUCGAGACGAUCGACGACGAAAUUACAUGCCGCGAGCUCCAAAAAGUUGCGGUCCUGCAGAUCAAUGUCGGCCUGCAGUCAAAAGGCCCCUGGCCCUCGGAACACCUCCCAAGCAUUACGGCUACGCUCUUAGACGCGUUCAGGGAGGGAGACGAGACUGAGAAGAGACAUGUUCAGAUCAACGCCUUCGACGCUGAGGAGCACAGUGACGAAGGAUUAGAAGAACUGCUGUUGUCGGAGUGCCGUCUCCGGUGGGAAGAGGAUAAGGAGUUUGGCGAUGUCGAGGAACAUGAAUUCAUCCUUGACACUGUUCCACAUCAGCUACCACCGGCUUGGACUGUUAAUGUAAGACGUAUGCCGAUUGUGAAGUCGUGGAUGGAGCUUAGCAAGGAGGGACGGUGUGAGAAGAUGCUACUUUAUGAGGACCACGACCAGGAAGUGGAGGUAGAGGCAGAGGGUACCGGCGAUCAGAGCAUCCGUACGGUAUGA